UAUUGCCGUUCUUGAUAUUUCAAACCAUGUUCCAACAUGUUUGUUUCACUGCAACUGCUAUGAACAGCACAGAUCUCGCAAUACCUACUCAAUAUAAAGGUAAUUUUCUGUAUUUACCAGAAAAGCCAUAACUCUUAUGAAUCACGAUAGUCUGACACGUCUCUAGCUGAAAACUCUUCUAAUUUAAAUAUUCCAAUAUUAUUUCCAGCAAUUCUCGGUUUCACUUCGCUUGCUGCUUGCAAAUAUCGGGUUGCAUCACUAGUUCAAGAUCAUUAUCUCUAGCUCUAGCCAAUGCAUAUCAAUAAACCGAUAAAUAGUAAUAAUAAAAUAGCAAUUGGACAACUUAUUCCCACAUUUUCUUCUGACGUUAGUCAUUUAAUUGCAAUGUGAAAACCCCCGGGUAAAUGCAUUUUUUUCCACAUCAAGCGCGAAUAAUCAGGCGGUACGUUGCAGUUUUAAAAAUUCAGUUGGCACACUUCUGUGUAAAUAUUUUCCACUCAAUAUUUCUGUCGGCGGAGCAUUUUCUGAACUGAGCGUGUGAAUAUUCACUCAAAUAAUUUGUACACAUGAUAAAUGUUUUCAUUUAAUUUAAUGACAAACGCUCCCCCAUUUUCAGAUAAUUCAGUUAGAGUAGAAUUCGCGUCGAGUGUGCAGUGAUUUGGUUCGUGAAGUGUGGAAGAGCAUAAAUACAUAAGAAUUCGUUGACACACUUUCAGUAUUAAAAAUAAUCUAAGAAUUAGAACACACCAAAAUUCCAAAAUUAAAUUUAAUUAAACAAAUCUAAGUAAGCUUUAGUUUUAGUGUAAAGCAAAAUAUUUGCAAAUAGUGCGAGAGAUAUAUUAAAUUAAAAACCUAAAGUAGCCUUCCUAGCGAAAGGAAUUCGGGGUGAAAUAAAAAAUCGAUUUUAAUUUGUGCAUGCCUAUUAAGUUACUCAAGUCUCUAGCUGGUGUAACUUUUAAUGGUAAAACGUAAAUAAAUAAACAAUUUAAAAAACAAUUGCAAAUAAUUUUAGAACUUUAUCUCAAUAUAUCAUUCACCGCAAAUAUGAAUGAUUGUAUAAAUAACUUUACGAGUACAUCAUCCACCACCCAAUCGCCAACAAAAACAGUGACAGAAAGUGCAGAAAAAAGUACCGGUACCUCCAGGCAGUACAGUGGCGUCGACAUAUUAGAUAAGCGCGCUAUAAGGACAGUGGAAAGUGUCAUACCUAAAAAGAGACAAGAUGUUCUCAAAUGGUACGGUUGGGGCUACAAGGAUUCGCAAUUUUAUUUGGAAGAUGAUUUAAUUUGUUUCAAAGGUGAUAAAUAUCCACUAGAAGGAUGCGCUUUGCCUUACUUUACCGAUUGGGUGAGCAAUAAAUUUAAUUUGAAAGUGAAUGCCAAUACCCCUUAUCCAGAAUUACCAAAAACCUUUCCUAAGCCCACCGUCAAUAAGGAAUUUUUAGAAGAACUCAAAUCAACUGGAAUAUCACAUUCACUUGAAGGUGAAGAUAGACUUAUACGCUGCCACGGUCAAACCCUGCAUGAUAUAUACUAUUUAUGGCACAAUAAUUAUAAAAGGAUACCUGAUGUAGUCACUUGGCCACAUGAACAUAUAGAUGUCGAACGCUUAAUAAAUUUAGCACAUAAACAUAAUGUUAUGGUUAUUCCUUAUGGCGGUGGAACUUCAGUUUCGGGUUCUAUAACAUGCCCUCAAGAUGAAGAACGCAUGAUUUGCGUACUAGAUACAUCUCAAAUGAAUCGUAUGCUCUGGCUUAAUAAGGACAAUCUGACUGUGUGUUUUGAAGCUGGAAUUGUAGGCCAAGAUUUAGAGCGUGAACUACGAAAGCUUGGAUUGACCGUUGGUCAUGAACCAGAUAGUUAUGAGUUCUCAACACUUGGUGGCUGGGUAGCAACACGUGCAUCCGGUAUGAAAAAGAAUGUGUAUGGAAAUAUAGAAGAUUUGAUAGUACGUGUGCGCAUGGUAACUCCUAAAGGAGUUUUGGAACGUGAAUGCAGUGCACCACGUGUAUCUUGUGGUCCAGAUUUUAACCAUGUUAUUAUGGGUUCAGAAGGCACACUUGGAGUGGUUACAGAAGUGGUGUUGAAGGUGCGUCCACUACCGCCAGUUAAACGAUACGGUUCAUUAGUUUUUGAAGAUUUUGAAUGCGGUGUGCAAUUCAUGCGUGAGGUGGCACGUCGGCGUUGUCAACCAGCUUCAGUGCGUUUAAUGGAUAAUGAACAGUUUGUUAUGGGGCAAACGUUGAAACCAGUCAAGGGCUGGUUUGGUGGUAUGAUUGACUCCUUUAAAAAGUUUUAUGUUACCUCAAUAAAGGGCUUAGACUUAAAUAAAGUUUGUGCUGCCACGCUACUCUUUGAAGGAGAGUUGGAAGAUGUGCAAAGACAAGAAGCACUCAUCUGUGAAAUUGCUAAACAGUAUAAAGGUUUUCCGGCAGGUGGUCAAAAUGGCGAACGGGGCUAUAUACUAACAUUCGUGAUUGCUUAUAUUCGGGACUUUGCCUUAAAACAAGAAAUCGUUGCUGAAUCCUUUGAAACUUCUGUGCCAUGGGAUCGUUGUUACAGUUUAUGUCGUAACGUCAAACGACGUGUUCAAAUGGAAUGUCAGAAUAAGAAAAUUAACCACUUCAUUGUAUCCUGCCGAGUCACGCAAACCUAUGAUGCUGGUGCCUGCAUUUAUUUCUAUUUCGCAUUUAAACACACAGGCAUAGCGAAUCCCGUCGAUGUUUUUGAAUACAUCGAAAGCAGAGCACGUGAUGAAAUACUUUCUUCAGGUGGCUCUAUAUCCCAUCAUCACGGUGUUGGAAAAAUACGUCGACAGUGGUAUCAGCAGACGGUUUCAAGUACUGGUUGUGAUUUGUAUUUAGCAGCGAAAAAACAUUUGGACCCAAAGAACAUCUUUGCUUUAGGAAAUCUUUCGAAAUUAUGCGAAGGAACGUCAGAAUACAGCAACGAAGCACUUAUUGCGAAUACGGGCGACAUUAGUGACCUUACAAGCAUCAAAUCUAAGCUAUAGAAAGAUAGUUUAUGUAUAAAUUAAAUUCCUUUCUUAACAAUGGUGUUCUUGUUUGCAAUAUUAAAAGUAUUAUAUUUUCCUUUAACAAUUUUCCUAAUUAGUAUUUAAGAUACAAAACUUUAAAUGUAUUAUUUUGUUACGUUGAUUUCAUUUAAUGUCAUAUUGUCAUUAAUUUUUGGCAUCUUAUUAAUCUAGUUAAAAAAAGACUUUCAUAUUUGUUUUAAUGUUUCGUUGGUGACUGCAAUUCUUGACUUGAUUUAUCUUUUAUGAUAAUAGAUUUAAUUGAAAUAGUAUUUAGUAUAUUUAA